ACGCAAAGGAAAAAAAAAAAAAAAGAAGAAAAGUUUGUUCUGUGCUGUGCUCAGUGUUUUUGACGAAAAAUUUUCCGAGAGCGUGAAAAGUGAUAAAUUUUCCAACUUUGAAGCACAAAUUAUACUUACUUCGGAAGAAUGGCCGAAACGCCAAGUGAAUCCGGUGCUCCUCAGGGGUUGAACGCGAUGCGGGAACCGCCGUUGGAUGAAAUUCCUGCUUCGAAUGUUCGAUCCAGCCUGGCCGAACUGGAGACCCAGGCAUCGCAGGUUCUGAAUCGGUUGGAGUACGUGAAAGUGGCCCUGGAACAGCACCAGCAGAAUGCGAUGUUCCCUCAGAUGCCGGUGAGUCCCGGAUUCCUACAACCGGACAAGAAACCUUCGGCGGAAGUGCUGACUUCGCUGGAAACGCUCAUUUCCCAGCUGGACAUUGACGAAGAGACGGAUUUCGUGCUUCCUCCUCUGGAUGACUCCUCGCAGCUGGCUGCAGUAAGUCACUCCAUUGGGGCCUACCUUUCGGCCCUGGACAGACAGCAUCUGAGUCGGAUUGUGUCCAAAAUAGUUUCCAAUACCAAUCGCUGGCUUAGUCACUUGUUCCGCUACAUGGAUUGUAGCACCAGCUAUUAUCGGGACAGCGCGGAAUGCAUCCUUCAUGCCGUUAGACUUGCAAUAGCGACUCGCUUUCCAGAAUCGAUGGAAAACCGUCUGGCUCAGCUGCAGAAUGCCACGCUAUACAUUUCGGAGACCAGCUCGCUAUUUGCCCUGCAGAACACCUGUCGCUAUGUGGGGCUCCCAGCGGCCAAUAUCCGGGUCGUGCCUUGUAACACGCUGUUUGGCGUCCGGGGCACUAUGGAUGCUUCCGAGUUGCAGAAACUGCUUGCAACCGACGUCGAAGCUGGCCGGAUUCCGCUGUUCCUGAUUGCCGAUCUGGGAUCGUCGAUUUGCGGCGAGGUGGACAAUUUGACGGUGCUGCGGCAGGUAUGCAGCCUGAACAACAUGUGGCUGCACUGUCAGGGGCACUGCCUGGCUGCGCUGGCCAUCACCAAAGGAACGCUGACCGGGAUUAAAGCGAUACCGGACUCGAUGACACUGAACCUUGGAAAUUGGUUGGGCAUCACAGGCGUUCCCUGCGUUCUCAUGCAUCGCCAGGUUCCGGUAAAUGUGCUAACGCUGUUCGAUGUAGAUCCCAUCCUUUCCAAUCGGCUGACGGCCAUCGGGCUGUGGACCAUAAUGCAAACGAUGGGUGCUGAUGCGAUUAGCGAACGAAUUUUCAUGGCAUUUGACUCCUGUCGACACAUUCACGAGGUGCUGAGUAGAAUCGAAGGGAUUCGAAUUUUGAGUAAAGCACCCAGACAAGAAGCCGGCAAAUCGUUCCGAGCGCUGCUCAGCAAUCCCAUCAACUAUAGUAUCUUGUUUGAAACAGCCGUCCCCGUUGUGGUUUUCCAGUUUGACGGAAGUAGCGGACAGAAUGAGGUCAGCGUUGACCAAACCUCAGCUUCUAACGAUGCUGUGAAGGCCGAUGAUCUACAACGGAAUGAAAGUGACACGAAAGAUGUCCCAAAUGAUCCUGUUAGCAAAUCGAUUGAAAAAAUAUCCAAUGCUUCGUACUACGACCGUUUGAAUGGGUGGCUUGGUCAGAUCCUGUUGCGUGACUGUUCGCAACUGAACCUGGAGAUCAUUAAUCAUCCAGUUUAUGGAACGUGCAUCCGGUACUCACCAUUCGCCCCAGGUUAUGGAGAGUUACUUCCGCUGACUGAAGUAAUCGAAAAUGUUGCCCAAUUUGUCGAAGCUCAGAUCGAGAUUUUGAUGGCCACAGUAAAGCACAAGAGCCGAUUCAACAAACUUGUGGACGAGAGCCCAGUGUUGCGUUUGAUAGAAUUGAACGAUUGGGCCGGCCUUGGCAGUGUACAUUACGUUCCGGAAGGUUGGGAAACCUUACUGACUGAUCAGGCUAAAACCGAAUUAAAUCGGUUGAACACGGCGCUGGUGGAUAUGCUAAAAGCUCAUGAUGGUGCAUUUUCCCUUGGAGAAGGAAGCGAUGGUUUAAUUUGUGUUCGAUUUGGAAUGGUCACCAAUGAGACCGACGUAGAAGAACUGUUGGACCUUGUGAUUCAAACCGGUCUCAAGAUACAGGAGAACUCCAAGAUUCUCGAUACCAUGACGGAGAUCUUGAAGAAAGGCAUCGAAGCUGCAGAAACCGAUCUGCAACGUGAGGCCGAGGAGAAGCUCUGGCAGGAUGGUAUCCUGCGGCAAGUUCCACUGGUUGGACGAGUUGUCAACUGGUGGUCUCCACCGGCGAAGGAAAGCGGAGUGAAAGGAAGGAGCCUCAACCUUACGCAGGGCGUUGUGGAGAGCACAGAGAACAUAUACAAGUAUCAUAUGCAAAUGUCGGCAAAAGCGAAUCAGCUGAAGGGUAACAAAAAUCCACCAACCCCUCUUGUCCAAACGCCCAUCAGUGCCGAUGGCACGAGUCUACAUUCCAGGAACGCGAGCUCCAGCAGUCAACAGUCGAGCGCUACCGCCGAUAAAUCCUCCUCUCAACAGCAGCACAAUGGACAACAGACCGCGCCGGAGGUAGCUUCUGCGUAAUUUAACCACUGUUAGUUAACUGACCUUCGAAUGCGUUUUAAUGGGGUAAUAUACUUUCAUGCUGAUCCGGCAGACAUUACAUAACAAAACAUAUUAUGCAUUAUUUUUACCAAAGUCAUUACCUUCUCUGAAAAGUGAUAGAUUAAGUUAGAGCGAACAUUCAAGUGAUCUUGGACUACAUAAAAUAGCUGAUAGAUUAAAACAUGAAUACGAUUCAGGAGUGUUUUCAAGUGAAUCCUGUGCACGAAUCAACGCAAUAAAACAUGUCAACUUAUUUAUUACCUAUUAAUAUAUGAUAAUAGAGCUGGCAUUGAGCUUGUAGCCCUUUGGAAGCGUUAAAUAAAUUUUAUUUUGCACAAAUAUUUAA